AUAAAAAAUAGUUGUUAGAUCUUUUCUGUUUUUGACUUAUAGCAACCCAAAAAAAAUGGAAUUAAUGGGAUUAUUUUAACAUAUGUCUCCGAUGCAAAACUUAACCUAAAAAUGCCUUAAAAAUACCACAAAUGCUAUCAUUAUUAUAUAAGGUUAUGUUAAAAGUCGCAAAUAUGCGCCAAUUGUUAGUUGCUCCUGUACGCGCUUUCUAGCGAACACGUUGCGCGCAUAGGCUUGUGGCAAAUGUUGCUGUAAGUAAUAAACAGAAUAAAUGCAGUUUUCGAAAAUAUAAAAGAAAUGGAAAACACUUAUUGAGAACAUAUUUUUAAUUCAACUUGAAUAUUUAUAAUGUUAAGACUUCGUAAAAAAAGCAGAUAUAUCUUAAUAACUUUUCAAGUAUGCCGUAACUAAAACCCUACUGGGCUCAGUUCUAAAGACCACUGUCAAAGACAGGUCGCAUUCGAAAAUAGCCAAAUCAGUAGUAAGGCAGUAACUUGGUCAAGCAACUGCUAAGUAAAGGAGAGGAUACUCACACAACUUUUUCUCUCGUUUGCACCAAUUCAUGCCAUGCAUAGCUACAUCUACAACGUUCUAUGCAGGCCGACGAUUUUCAUACUCCUCCGUAUCUGGGAAACAUUCAUUUUAAAGUUGUCGCAUUUUCUUUAGGCACAGCAGAAUAUACAUAAGUAUGUUAUUCUGUCUUUGAUUGAGUUUUUAAAUUUGUUGCAAAAAUCUUGAGAAAGUAAAAUAAAAUUUAAGUAAUAUUUUAUAGAAUUUGAUGAGUUUUGUAUUGGUCCUCAUGUUCAUAAUGUGUGUACGUCCUUACCUAUACAUACUAUAUGAUAUGUGGUAUAAACUUCACUUUGUACGAAAAUCCUUGAUUUGUAAUACAUUUUGAUAUUAUUUAUAAUUUCUGAAUAUGUUUAGUGUAUCAUCUGUUUUUUAACGCUCUUAUUAAGGCUAAGAUUUCGUCAUCGCCAUUUGCUCAUCGAUCAUCCAACCACCAAUCGCAACGAUCACCAAGUAAACCAAAUCAUUUUCAAACGAAGAUGUUUUACAGUGAAGCAGCACAGAACAUUUGUAACUUUAUUGGUUGCCAUUUCUCUUAUUUUCAGCUAUACAACAUUUUGAAAAUCCAAUGCCUCCUAACAACUUUAUCCCUUUAAACAUAGGUGGCGGUCAUGCGCCUACAGAGGAGACUGAAUCGGAACGCUUAGAACGCAUUAAUCGCUUAUUAAAAGCAAGCGCUGCCGCUUUAGAAGAGCAAAACGCAGAAAAACUACAACCGCGCCCAUUGUUGGCGGUGUCGGCGAGUACUAACACGGCUUCAGUGACACGCAGUAGAUCGCCAGCUACUAACAACAACAAUAACAUUAGUAGUAAUAACAAUAAUAAUACUAACGUGCAAAGGGCGCUGAAGAGAACGGCGUCACCAAGACCGGUACAGAGACAAAUACAACAGCCGCCGCAGUUACCCCAGCAGCCACAGCAACAGAAACCACAACCACAACCACAACCACAACCACAACAACAAACCUUAACGAGACACACCUUCCUAGAGCAACAAGGAAUAGUACAGAAAGAGGUCACACAACCCAACCAACAAAGUCCCGAACUAACAAAACAGCCCCUUCAACCACCCAUACAGACACAACCAUCGUUGCAGACACAACAACAGCAACAGCAACCGGUACAACAACAACCACGCAGACAAACACCACAACAACAACCGAACACACAGCAGCCACAACGUCCAUUGCGACAAUCUCAGUUGCAACAACAACAACAACCACAUACUUCACAACAGUCGCAAGCUCCAUCCGUACCCGCCAGGCAUAUUUCCACCAAAUCGAACCAACUCUUGACUUCUGCUGACAUCGAAGACGGUAAGGUCGAGGUCGAUCCCGUCACCAAGGCCCGCACCGAAUACAAAGUUAUCGAUGGCGGUUAUGAAGUACGCACCAUCACCCCUCAGCCAAAUGGCACUUUGAAGACCUCUGUACGCACUUUCUGGGAUCCCAAGCCCGUCAGCGAGGAGGAUAGGAAGCGUGAGGCGCAAAGUAAGUUGGAAAUUCGCAAGCGUUUCGGCAAGGAGAUCCGCAUUGACAGUAAGACCACCAUGUUGACGCGUGAGAUCGAAGGUGGUUACGAGGAGGUGUACACUAUCGUCAAUGAGGAUGGCACACGCAGCACGCGCACCAAAACCUUCUUCGACUCUGUGCCUACUGAAAUACCCGAUAAUGCUCCUGCAGCGGAUAAGAAUAAGAAGAAGACCUUGGUGAAGAAGUCUUCGGUGGACUCCACUGACUCAACCGAAUCGCGCCGCAUUGUACAACGCACCGAUCAACAGCAGGGUAACUUCAAACAGCAAACCACUGUGGAGGAGUCGCGUCGCUUUACGCAGAGCAGUGAGGUAACGGAGAACAACCGCACUGUACGCAAAAAUUCGGUUCAAGAACAGAACAUUAAGCAGAUCACCUCAUCGAGCGGUGGUGUUGAGGCGAUCAAGGACAAGAAGAAGAAGAAGACCAAGUCAAACAUCCCACCACCACCACCAGACUUCAUCGAAAAUGAUACGACUACGGUGACUUCGAAGCGUGUACCACAUGGCGUGGAAUACACUUACUCUACUAAAUUGGAAUCAGGCAAAACUAUUACCACUUCGAAGACUGUCUACGAAGAAGAGGAGGCGGAGCUGACUGAAGAAGAGAUUCGUGCUUACAAGAAAACUUUGAAAGAUGCUGAGAAACAUAAGAACGUCACCUCAACGAAGAAGCUCAAGUCCGAAUCGGGCACAAAGAAAAUUGUACCAUCUGAGAAUCCCGGCGAUGUGACCACCGUCGAGACCAUUAAAAUCGAAGGUGGCACCGAAUAUCACUACACCACCGUCACCGCUGAGGGUAUUGUGAAGAAGGCGGUUAAGACCGUUUACGAUCCGGUGGCGAGCCAAGCUGGCGAAGAGAGUGAGGAAGAGAUUGUAGAAGAGUAUGAGGAGGAGAUUAUCGAGCCGGGUGAGAAGAAUAUUCGCACCAUUGAGACUGUGAAGAGUUUGCCUAAAAAGUUCGAAGAGGAAGUCACCGUCACCCAUGAGAAGACCGAGAAAAAGGUAAAGAAGUCCAUGAUGAUCAGCCACUAAAAAGCUUAUUGCUGAAGCGCUUUGCUACAAACGGAUAGAAAAAUGCGGCGCGUAAGAUUCGUAGAGGAUGCCUAUCAUUUUAAUAUGAAACACAGACACACACACACACACACAAAAAAAAAAUCACUCUCAAAAAUUUAAAACACCAACACAAACAUAUAAACAUACGCACGCUCGCAUAUCAACAUCAAAAACAUAAUCAAGCACUUGUUUGUAACAUCACAUUAAUACAAUGCAAAAAAAAAGCAAAUUUCGUAGUUAAAAUUUUGAGCAAAAAAAUUUAU